GGAUGGCAGUACUCCUGAAUGCAAUUUUGAAGACGUAUUCUUCUAAGCUACUGUAAAAUCUUUGUUUUUAGGCUUCCAGGUACUUUAAUUUUUCAGAUACACAUUCACUCUUAUGUCAGCUAAUCCUGAUAUAUUAUGAACUUAUGGCGUGUUUUUGUGUUUUUCCUGGAUAACUGUCGGACUCGUCUGUAUGUGAAAGUGAAACUGAACUUGAUCUCGGACUUGAAGGGGAAAACCAGCCAACUAAACCUUGUUUAGUCCGUUUGGUUGCAGCUAGACGAGGGUACCUGACUGUGAAGAAACACGGAUAAACAUGACGGAAUUAUCUACCAUCUUCAAACUGUCUCUGAUCGCCGCUACCUGCUUUAUUCAAGCCUGCAGCAGCAGCUGUCCAGUGUUGGAGUGCUGGUUUGUGCAGGAGAAGGCGGGACGAGGAGGAGGUUUAACUGGAGCUACGACCCAAGAAAAAUCCCUCCUUCACAUCAGAACCGAAGCAGACGGCCAGAAUGACGAGUCCCAGCGCGCUCCUAAAGACAUCAACCCUGAAAGAGUCUACUCUGUGAUCGACCCGGCUGGCACCCUCUGCCACCGCUCGCUCAACCCUCCCAGAGGCUCUGUGACGAAGCCCCAGUGUGAGAUCAACCCCUUCCUGCCGCAGCCCUCCAGCCUGGACUGGGUUUCCUCGCUCACAGAGUCUGGCCUCAGCCCCGUGUACCUGCAGGCUGAGUGGUUUUCAUCUGCAUUUCAGGGCCUCAACGAACAGCUGGGCAUCUCUACUAUCACCCGCAGCCCCACAGGAUCUAAAGAGCACAGUGUGAUCCUGAGCGUGACGACUAAAACGGUCUCAGUAAAGUCCAGACUCGGGGAGCCCGUGCAGCUGGACUGCGGCUUUUGGAUCAACCCUUCCUCUCCUCUGUAUGGGGCUGGAUUCGCCGUCGAAUGGCGGUACCAGUUCAGAGGCCGCGGGCGGCUGAUUCUGGCUUACGAUGGGAAGACUGACCGCCUCGCCGACACGCAGGAAGAGGGAGCCACGCUGGACUUUGAUGCUUUGCACGAGAAAGGAAAUGCAUCCCUGCUCCUGCAGGAGGCUAAAGUGCUUCACUCUGGGACGUACAUCUGCACCGUGUAUCUGCCACACCUGCUCGCUCAGGUGGCGCUGGACCUUGAGAUUGAAGAACCGCCAUCCCUCUCCAUCCACCCCUCCCCCCUGCCCCUCGCUGUUCCAGGUCAGACUAUAAACGUCCAGUGUGAAGCGUCCGGCUUUGCGCCCCUCCCUGUGGAGUUCAGCUGGGAGAUUAAAGGUGCCGACGGGAAGUCCAAGACCCUGGAUUCAUUCAGCGUAACGGGCCACAGGCAGGCCUGGGACCGCACCUUCAGCCAGACCUCCCGGCUCGAGAUCGACACCUCUAAGCUGGACCUGGGCAGAGGAGGGGAGCUCACCUGUGUAGCCGCCCACGCUGGAGGCACGAGACGGACCAGCGUGACCCUCAAUGUCAUCGGGUUCAGUUCUCCGUCCAUCGAGGACUCUAUGGCGAUGGUCGGCGUGGCGCUGGUGCUUUAUGGGCUCAUCAAGUUUGUCUCGUGGACAUUUACCAGCUCAGGCUCAGCUGAAGCUGAUAAACAAGAUAAGAAAGAGAAGUGAAGAUGAAAGAAGGCAACUGACCAUCAGUGGCAUUGAUCCACUCGAUAUGUUUGAUGGGAUUUCAGGAGGGGCUUUCCACAUGUUCAUGGGACAGAUUUUUUCUUUUUCUUUUGUUUUUUUUACUGCUCUGGUUUGAAGGUAAACUUGUAUGUUUUAUGCUUGUUUUUAGCAAAUUUGUUUAUUAUAAAAUGUUUGGAUUCAACUUUUUGUUCUUUAGAAAGGAACAGGGAUAUCUCGAAGACGCUCAGUUCAAACACGUUUUUGUGAUGUUUCUUUAAUCUUUCUUUAUAGAGCUGUGUGGUUUUGCCUUCCUCUGUUUAUGGUUUAUAUGUCGUCACAAACACUGGAAAGAAAAACAAUGAGAGGAAGUUGGGAGGGAUGUGUUGAAACAUCAGCUUCUGUUUUUUAAAGGUUAAUCCUUCCAUUCGAUGUUCCCGUCUGUCUAAAAACCUCAUUAACUCACGCUUUUUGGAACCAGAGAUCGGACUGUAUUUGUUGGUUUAUAAAGAAAAGGAAAUGCUGUUUUAAUUAAGUAAAAAUAAUUAGAUUAAUAAUAGACUCAUUAUUUUAAAAAUAA